AUGACUAUCUAAUUUGGCUUGUUAUUAUCUGGUCUUAAAAUCCCAUAAACAGAUAUAGUUAUCACCCAAAGCUAAUGUAGUACUAAAGGAGAGUAACAAAUUUUAAUAAACUAUUUCAGCAUAUCCAUCUAAUUUUGCUUUUUAUUAACUUGUCUUAACAUCCCAUAAACGGUUAGACUUAUCAUCGCUACCAGUUGCUAAUGCAUCUCCAUAAGGAGAGUUAAAAUUGAACUGUAUUGGAAUGACCAUCUAAUUUUGCUUUUUAUUAUCAUAUGUCUUAACAUGUCAUAAACGGAUAAACUUAUCAUCAUUACCAAGAUGCUAAUGUAAUACUAUAAGGAGAGUAAAAUUGAAUUAACUGCUUCUUCAUGA